AUGGGUACUGUGGAGUAUGAAAAUGAUCCAGUAAAUAUUAAUAAAGCUUUAUCACAUCAAAGAUCAAUAUUACCGUUUGCUUAUAGGAAAGAAAGUGAAGCUUUUGGACAAAUUGUUAAAAAUCAAAACCAUGAUUUAGAUGAUUCUGAAUAUGAUUCAAAAAUUAAAAUUGUGGAAAGACAAGAAUACCUAGAUCAGGUUUAUGAAGGAAGAUUUGAAGAUGAAGAUGGUAAUCUUAUUGAACGUGAAGAAACCUCAUUACAAUCAAGAUUAGAUCCUAAAACUUUGGAAGCAAGAGCUCCAAGAUCACAAAUCAAGAUACCCCCUUUAAUAUCAAGCGCUAUUCAUAAUCAUAUAUUAGCUUUACGUCUUCCUAAACGUUUAAGAACUGCAACUUCUGAUGCAUAUGUUGCAUUAAUGAAACAAAAAAUUCAUAAACCAACAAAAUCUCCAAUGGAAGCUGAUGCACAUAUUGCUGGUAUGUUUAUUCAAAAUUAUGCGUCAAUAUAUCAAUCUUUAUCAGAAUUGAAGAAGAGAAAAGGUGAUAAUUUCAAGCCAAAUAGUGUUUUAGAUAUUGGAUUUGGUCCUGCAACUGGUAUGAUUGCUCUAAAUGAAUUAAUGGGUCAAGAUUUCAAACCAGAAGUUAAAGAUGCAAUUAUCGUGGGUGAUAAAACUAUGAAAGAUAAAGCUAAAAUCUUAUUAUCUAGACAAGUUCAAGAAUAUACUGGUGAUAUUGAAGAUUUAAUUAUUGAUGAAAAAACUCAAGAAGAAGUUUUGGGAAUUCAAGAAAGUUUUAAUGAAGAUGAAGAAAUUGAUCCUGUUAUACAAGCUGAAAUUGAUGAAAAAAUUGGUGGAAUCAAGACAAAUAAGAUUAAAACAAGAACUAAAUUACGUGAUUAUUUAUCACCAACCAAGAAAUAUGAUCUUAUCAUUGCAACUCAUCAAAUGCUUCAAGAUGCUACUAGAUUCCCUUAUCAAGUUGAUGAAAAUGUUGAUAUUUUGGUUAAAUCACUAGCACCAAAUGGUCAUUUAGUCAUUGUGGAAAGAGGUACACCUUUAGGUUUUGAAUUAACUGCAAGAGCAAGACAAAUUAUGAUUAAACCUGAAAAAUUUGGCAAUGAAAAUGGUAAAAUUCCAAGACCUUAUAACAAGAGUUCAUCAGUUAAAGGUAAAUCAAAACAUAAUUUAGGUAAAAUUUCUGAAGAUGUUCAAAAUGCUCCAUUUGAAACUAAUGAAAAAGAUUUAGAAUUUGAAGAUGAUGUAAAAGAUAUGUUAGUUGAAGAUUCUAAAAUUUCAAAUGAAUUUAUCGAAAAAGAAGUUGAACCAUAUCAUUUAUCAAUCAUUGCACCAUGUGCUCAUCAUCAUAAAUGUCCAUUACAAACUUUAAAACCACAUUAUUUUAAUACCCCAACUGGUAAAAAAUUUGAAUGGUGUCAUUAUGAACAAUCAGUUGAAAGACCAAGAUUUUCUAUGGAAAUUAAAAGAGGUAAAGUUUUACAUUCAAAAUGGGCUACACCAGAUGCUGGUAGAUCUAAGAAAAGUACACCAGGUAGUGGUAGACAAAAUGGUAAUAAUUAUGAAGUUGCAAGUUAUUCCUAUAUGAUUGCUGAAAGAUCUGGUAUCGACAAAAGCACAAUUUCCAACAUUGAAUCAGAUCGUGAAAAUGCAUAUCAUGAUGAUUUGGUUGGUGUUAUUGGUGAAGGUCAUCAUAACUGGCCACGUAUUAUGAAGACUCCAUUGAAAAGAAAAGGUCAUGUUACAAUGUCAGUUUGUGGUGCUUCUGGUAAGAUUGAAAAAUGGUCAAUUGCAAAAUCUCAAUCAAAACAAAUUUAUUAUGAUGCAAGAAAAUCAAGUGCUGGUGAUCUUUGGGCUUUAGGUGCUAAAACAAGAAUGGCUAGUAGUUUUGGAUAUAAUGAAGAAAAAGUUACAAAAAUUGAAAGAUAUUUAAAAGAAGAAGCUAAACGUUUGAAAAAACAAAGAAAAUUAUUAUCAAAACAAGAAGAUAAAUUAUCUAGACAAGAAGAAGUUUCUAUUGAAAAUGACUCAGAUGCAACAAUUGAACAAAAAAUUGAUGUUUGGGUUAAUCAAUUCGAUAAUAGAAAAUCUCAAAAACAAGCUGAUAAAAGAGGUAUGAAAAGUAAAAGGGAACUAGCUAACAAAAAGAAAGCUAAAGUUUCUUUAUAA